AUGGCUAGAAACCUUGAUAGGUUCAAUUUGUUACCUAACUCAUUACUUUUCAAUAUCAUUUCACUUCUUCCAUUCAAGGAAGCUGCAAGGACAUCCAUCCUUUCAAAAAAAUGGUUGCAUUUGUGGGAAAACACAACCAACAUAGAGUUCAAUGAAAACUUUUUUGUUAGAAGGAAGGAAUUUCUUAACUUUAUAGAAUUAUGGCUUCAAAACCACAAAGAAAAUUCUAUUGAUUUUGAUACACCUGAAGCUUUGUUUGAAUUGCCAAUAAAUGUAUAUGAGCAUAAAACCCUAGAAUCAUUGAAGUUGUUUUCUUGUAGUUUUAUUGAAAAUGAAUUGAUCAAGUUGCAUGCACUCAAAGAAGUUUCUUUUGGUUGGAUAGAAUUGAAAAAUGAUGCUAUCAAAACUUUGUUAUCCAAUUGUAAGAUGAUUGAGAGUUUAAGCUUGAAAAAGUGUUGGCAAACAACUAAAUUUGAAUGUGGAAGUGAUGAUUUGAGUUUGAAAAGACUUGUUGUUGAUAGUUCCAAUUUUUUGGAUCCUGGAUUUGCAAUCAAUGCUCCUAAUCUAACUUAUUUCAAGUAUCGUGGGAAUUCGAUUUAUUUUGAAAUCGAAAACUCCUUCGAUCUAGAAGAGGCUUAUCUCGAUUUUCGCCUUGAAUACGAAUCUCCUGAAGAAGAUGAUUUUAUUUACAAAGUCAUUACAGAUUUCAACCAUGUUAAGGUUCUUACUAUAUGCAGUUAUGCACUUCAGGCUCUUCCUAAUCAUCCGGGACAAAUACGUCUAGAAGAUAAUAUGAAUACAAAACAUUUGAAAAUUAUGACGGAUUUGCAUGAUGAAGAAUGUCUUGGAGUCUUAUUCUUCUUAAAUAGUUGUACUAUGUUGGAGAUUCUCACCUUUAAAUUAGGGUUUGGAAGACUAUUUGAUGGGGAUUCAGAUAAAUAUUAUUUAUCAGAUGGUGGUGAUGAUAAUCCAAAACAUUGGAUAGGCAAUUUAAGAAUUUGCCAAUGCAUGACAUCAACAUUGAAGGUGGUGGAGAUAGAUAACUUUACUGGGACUGAAAAUGAGAUUAUUAUGCUCAACUUUCUUAUCUCUAAUGGGACUGUCUUGAAAAAUGUUAAUAUCAAUGUGCAAAAGGGAGAGGCACAAAAGGUACAACAAUAUGUGAUGGCGUUUCCAAGGGCUUCCAAAGAUUUAGAGAUAUCAUUCAAUUGUUAA